UACCCAGUUCCAAGUUGUCCUUAACCUUAUUAGCAAUUUUCCUAGGAACGGCCUUUGGACUAUAUAUCGUCUUUCAUCAUCCACCGUCUUGUUCUCUCCGCGAACACCUGCAAUCACCUCUAUCAAUAUACCACCUUCCUAACCAACCAAUCAAACUAACCUUUCCUAUACCAACUUGCGAAACUUGAUUACUUUACUUUGCCUGCUCGUAUUCGCUUAUAGGAAUUGUCAAGAUGUGGAUUGUUCAGUGGUUCUACGACGUCCUCUCGUCGCUUGGUUUAAUGAACAAGCAUGCCAAGCUACUCUUCCUAGGUCUCGAUAACGCUGGAAAGACAACUCUCUUACACAUGCUAAAGAAUGAUCGAGUCGCCAUUCUCCAGCCCACUCUACAUCCCACAUCCGAAGAGCUCGCUAUCGGUAACGUGCGUUUCACCACUUUCGACCUCGGUGGUCACCAGCAGGCCCGUCGCCUAUGGAAGGACUACUUCCCGGAAGUGAACGGAAUCGUUUUCCUUGUUGAUGCCAAGGACCACGACCGUUUAUCUGAAUCCAAGGCCGAACUCGACGCCCUUUUGUCCAUGGAAGAGCUUGCAAAGGUCCCUUUUGUUAUCCUCGGAAACAAGAUCGACCAUCCCGAUGCUGUGUCAGAAGACCAGCUCCGUCACGAGUUGGGUCUGUAUCAAACCACCGGCAAAGGCAAGGUUCCGCUGGAGGGAAUUAGGCCCAUCGAGGUCUUCAUGUGCUCCGUGGUGAUGAGACAAGGAUACGGCGAGGGCAUAAGAUGGCUUUCUCAGUAUGUCUAGACACGCAAUUGACAAACUAUCGGAUACAGGUGUUUCCAUACACCGAAUAGGGAUGAAUACGUAGAUGAAGAAUGCAAUGGCCGUCUGGGAAACACGGAGUUCUGACAGCCUGCUAUUACCAUACCGAAUGUCGAUGUUUUCCGAGUUAUUUCUUUGGAGUCAAUGGCUAGAGGCAUACGCCAGAUCGCAUUAAUGAAUUGAGCAUUAUUACAUUUGAAGCAUCAUAGCAACGACAUUGUGAUGGAUGUUUAAUAUAUCAUGAAUACCUACCUAGGGAACUCCUCUCCCCAUCUCUUAUAAAUACACUCAUACAUAACUACAUAUUUAAACUACAUAUACC